GAAAGUGUAGUACGCACAGAAAACAGGCGCUGUGUUGCGCCCUUCUCAAUGGAUGGCGCUGACUCUUACUGUAGCUGUAGCUGAAGCUCUCAACUCGAAUGACAGAGUCCAGCAGUGAAGAUGUUGUCUAUGCAGCACUGACCUCCCAGAAGCUUUUUGAGGGAUGUGAUCCUGACCUACUGAAGCGGCUUGCAGAACAGGCAUUUUCUUGGACACCGGGAAGAGGUCAUGAGAUACCUAUGAGGGAUGAGAUGCCUCUAAUGAUUGUUGCGUCUGGCGAGCUCUAUGUUUGUAUUGGAGGUGGUCCAGCGGCGACCGCAUCAACCGGCUUUGUCAUUGGAUUUGUUGGAAUGCUCAGACUGCAUGAAACGGCUCAAAAGAACACGAGGAGUCCAGCGAAACUCGGAACGAUGGUCGUUGAUGUAGCAGAGUUGAUCGCACAAAGAGAGGAGGAUGAAGAAGGCUUAGAAGAUUCUCCUCGCGAGUCGUACGACUUUGAGUUGCCAGAUCAGAGUGAGUGCACUUUGCAAAUGGUGAAGGAUUGCGUUCACAACCUCUGCCCCCACACCUUGGGACUCUCCAAAGUGCAAUGGUCUGAGAAGUCGACUGUUCCACUUCGCAUGGAGAUGGUGGAUGCACUUACAAAUCAAAGGAAUAUCUUGCAGAUAGAGGAUGCGCAGUCAGGUUUCUGCAAGUUGGCAUGCAUCUCAUUGGAGAAAAUCUAUGAUGUGUUCUCCAUGACACCAUCAUUGGACACCUUUGAAAGCAACCAGCUGGCAGUCACAGAUAUAUUCAAUACUUUGCUUCAUCUUGCAGCUUUUCCAAAUGUUCCGCUAGAAGUUGUUUGGACGCUAGCCUCUGUCAGCGAAGUCCGCAAGUUUUCACGUGGAGAGGUCAUUGUGAAGGAAGGGGAUUGUGCGUCACAGGAGUUUUUGCUGAUACUUGCAAGUGGUUCUGCAGAUGUGAAAAAGAUCCUCUUCGACAGCGCGGUCCUAGAAGCUUCUAACUUCAAGCUUGCCCGGUUGUAUGCAGGUGCAAUCAUUGGAGACGUUUGCUUCGUCGAAUCAUGGGUGACCAGGCCUGCCACGGUCAUCGCACGGGAAGACCUCGAAAUGAUUUGCAUCCCAUCAAGGAGAUUGUUGGAGGUGUUGAGCGCCUUUCCAGGAAUGGCCUCGGUCUACAUGUCUCGGUCGAGGGAGACCUCUUUGGUGCUGCAAAAGAGCUUGGCUAGGCCUGCCGACGUGCUAGCUGGCAUGAAGCUUUUCUCUGGCUUGAACCCCACCUUCAUUCGAUCCUUAGCCAACAUUACGGAGCGGAAGAUGAACUUCUUGGGCGAUGUUUUCAAGGAAGAAGGAAGCACUGAUCGAACGUUGCGACUGCUAGAAUUCGGCAAAGUCCGAGUGGAGACUGCACAAAAAGGAUAUGUUGGAAUGACCGAUGCUGGCACCGUGAUGGGAGAAUACAUGUUCCUGGGAUUACGCACUACCUCCCAGGCUACGUUCAGGGUUGCUACGCCCCUAGUCGUGAUGCUAUGGAUUUCGCAUCAUUCCUUUGAGAACAUUCUUUCUGAUGGAUAUCCUUCUGAAGCAGCAUACUUUCGCAGCCUCGAAAAGACUGACCGUGGCAGGGAGGACAUGAGCCACUAUGCAACGGAUUUGAAGCUUUUUCAUGGCUGUGGCCGCAGCUUUAUUGAAGCAAUAAGUGCGGGCAUUUGCCGGCGUUCUUACAAGCCGGGCCAGACAAUCGUGAUUCAGAAGGCGAUCGACACAGGAUCGCUUUUUCUGGUAACCACAGGGAAGGCAUCUGCUAUGAUCGAUGGCAAGGUUGUUGAG